AAUUCUCCAACAAGCCUGGGGUAUUUUUCCUGACACGACGUUAGUCUGCCGAUUACUUGCACAUUUUAUCUUAUCAAAUCCGCGUUAAGUAUCUUUGAAGAAGCCAUGAAGUGGCAUAUGUUUUAAAAAAAAGUCGAUAUUCUCAUGCAAAGAAAGGAAAGCAGACUAACGCACGCGCUGCUCUAAUGUGUCCGUGUGUGACUCUGUAAAGUAGCAUUAAUAAUUUAAAGAGCCACGCGGCUGCGAAGUGAAAAUCGUUUUCUUGGUUUUGAAUAGAUACAUAAAAAUCAAGCUGGCUCACAUUCUUUCAAACCAGCACAGUUUGACAGGUGGUCUUCAUCCCCUUUGGAGGUCUGUCAAUUGUAAACGGAUGGCAUCAGAACUGGCAAUGAGCAACUCCGACCUGCCCACCAGCCCCCUGGCUAUGGAAUAUGUUAAUGACUUCGAUCUGAUGAAGUUUGAAGUGAAAAAGGAGCCGGUGGAGCCUGAUCGCAGCAUCAGCCAGUGCGGCCGCCUGAUCGCCGGGGGAUCCCUGUCUUCCACCCCGAUGAGCACGCCUUGCAGCUCGGUACCCCCUUCUCCAAGCUUCUCGGCGCCAAGCCCAGGAUCCGGGAGCGAACAGAAGGCGCAUUUAGAGGAUUUUUACUGGAUGACCGGUUACCAACAGCAGUUGAACCCAGAGGCUCUGGGCUUUAGCCCUGAAGACGCCGUAGAGGCACUGAUAAACAGCAGUCACCAGCUUCAGACCUUCGAUGGCUAUUCUAGAGGGCAGCAGUUUGCCGGUGGAGCCGGAGCGGGAAGCUCUAUGGCAGGAGAAGAUAUGGGAUCCGCAGCUGCGGUGGUUUCCGCAGUUAUCGCGGCUGCUGCAGCUCAGAACGGGGCUCCUCAUCACCAUCAUCAUCAUCACCAUCACGCCGGGGGUCACCACCAGACACCUGGGGUCCCCUCCAGCGGAAACUCGGGAGCAAACCACCAGCACUUGCAUAUAGAGGAACGAUUUUCCGACGAGCAGCUGGUGACGAUGUCUGUACGUGAGCUCAAUCGGCAGCUCCGGGGGGUCAGCAAAGAAGAAGUGAUCAGGCUGAAACAAAAGAGGCGGACCCUCAAAAACAGAGGCUAUGCUCAGUCCUGUCGCUACAAGCGGGUCCAGCAACGGCACGUCCUGGAAGGCGAGAAGACUCAGCUCAUUCAGCAAGUUGAUCACCUCAAACAAGAGAUCUCCAGGUUAGUCCGGGAGAGGGAUGUCUACAAAGAAAAAUACGAGAAGCUCAUGGGCAGUAGCUUCAGAGAAAACGGCUCGAGCAGUGACAACAACCCUUCAUCUCCAGAGUUUUUCAUGUGAGUCCCAGCGUAAAAAAGACAAGCUUGUCAACGGCUUCAUUAAAGUUUUCCAUGCGAAUUGUUUUUGUAUGGGGCUUGCUAGUCCAAGACACAGAUUUGCCAGUUUUUUUGUCUUCUUUGUUUUAUUUUUUGAGAAUGCUGGUUUGCUCAAACAAAACUUCGUGAGCUUCUUUUUUUCUGGGGGGGGUCUUGCAAUAGGAAGAUUGGACUUUGCCAUCAAAAAGUGCGUUCCUAAUUUUGGAGUCUGCUCUUAGAACCUGCCAUCAACUUCAUUUUUAUUAUCAUGCUUAUUUUAAUAUUGUUUUGCAUUUGUUAAGCUCACGUGAGUUUUUCGUCAUUGUUUUUGGCUUGCAGUGUUUUUUUUUCUUUAGAUAGGACACCGCUGUUUUGACCACACUUGUGCAAUGCAUUUGUAUACACAUGGUAUGUGUGUGGGUUUAUGUAUUCAUUCACAUAUGUACACGCACCGUUGACCUUCUUUUUCUGCAUCAAUGUACAUAAAACAAAAGAAGAGGAAAAACUGCCAAAAUCAACUGCAACUACCUUCAGUAGUAAGUUUUUGGCCUACUUUUUAUAUUCCAACUCGGAGGAGUCUACUGAGUCUACUGUUUUUACCCAACGUUCACAUCAUGCAUCAUACAUGCUAUCUAGAGUUUAGCUGUAAAACUGUAAGUUUAUAAACGAUCCUAUGCAUUGUUUAAGAGAGACGGUAUGUUGUUAGACUGCCCUGCAUGCUGGACAUGUACGGUAUCUCCUUUUCUUUGUUUUGCUUGAAAUGAUCUUUUUUGGAUGACUCCGGCAUGGCAUUCAUAACUUUAUUUUCACUUUUUUGUGGAUUGCAACAAAAAAGUGUGCGGGGCACGCUCACCCAGACCCUCAUAUGAAAUUGCAUCUUCAUAUUUCAACGAACUUGGUUGCGUCGACUCCUGUUUCUAUAGAAUUGCUGCACUGACGCAUUCCGGUUGAAAGUUGUCAGACUGGAAUCCUUGUUGCGCGGGGGAACAACAAAAUGGUUUCUAAAAGGAAUCCAUCCCUGUUUUGGGGUUAAAACUGAUGCUUAAAGCAAUUUGUUUAUUAAUGAAUACCACAUCCUUAUGUAUUCAACAACACAGGAAUGCUGUGGAUUCCUAGUACAUAUUGUAAUUAAAUAUAUAGUUUUAUAAUCUGUAAGACAAAAAAUAACAUGGUUAUGCUACAGGUUAUCAUUGAUGUUACUGACUGAGGCAAAUGAGCAGAUAAAUUAGGUUUACUUUAGAUAUAGUUUUUUA